AUGAUUUCCUCACCAUUAUUUUAUUGUCAACAGGCAUCGACUAUUUUGCCAAUUGAUGAAUGUUUAAAUAGAGAAAUAACAAUUUUCUGGCAUUUUCCAUCUGGUAACAUGACGAUCACAAUGAAAUCAGAUAAAAAUCAACCAUUCCUAUUACAUUUACUUAAAAUGUCAUCUUUAAAAAAAAAAUUAAUUAAAAAUAUUUAUCACCUCGUAAAUAAUAAAACUACGGAAGAGAAAAUAAUCAAUGUUGAUGAUGAUCAAGUUAUUAAUAUUCCUUCGGAUGAAUAUAAUCAAUGUUCAAUUAAAUUCGAAACAUCAAACCGGAUUAUUUUUGAUUAUGGUACAUUAAUACGAAUGACUAUUUCGACUAGUAACAAUUACAUUUCUUAG